AUAAGAAGAAGCUCAACUGGUAACCUUCGGAAGAAUGGUACCCUUCCUUCAAGACUAAACCAAGUAACAAAUUUAACCCAUGGGCAUCCAGGGCAAGCAUGGAGCAAUGACUCCACUGGGAAGACAAGGCCUCUAAUACGAAGAGAAUCCCAUCCGUCAUUUAUCCAUGGCAACACAACAGUGAGUCCAUCUGGAAUGAUGAAUGGCCACUGUUCACAGGGAACAACGUGUGCUACGCAGGUGCCUGGACCAGUUGAUAAUGUUCCUCUUGUUGAACCUGAAACACGAAAGGUGAGGAGAUCUUGGUAGCUUGAAAUAGUCAUCUGACUAACAAACCUGGGGUGAACGGUGCACUCAUUUUACUGCCAUCUCUCUGUCAGUGCUCCCUUUUACAGGGAUUUAAGGCUAUUUCAAGCUACAUGGAAGGGAACGAAGUAGAAAGAAGGAUGUUAGGUCACUCUUGGGAAUCGAACUCAGGACCUUCUGCACUAAAGGCUGCGCACUAACGAACUGUGCUAAUCCAUCCUCCUUAUAACAUGAACCUUGUGUCAUCCUUAGAGACCCAGGUGCAGUAAGACACAUUAUUCACUGAAAAAUCAUUAAAAAAAUCAUUUACUCAGACGAGUGACAGGAGCCUUAAAAAAUUCCCUUCUUCUGACCUAAGUCAGUUAUUUUCUGGCCAAUAGGUUUCCCAAGUACAGGUUUGCAGCUGCUCCGGUGUCUGCCAGAUGAGCCUCACAUCUGACAUAAUUAAAAGUUAUCAGUGAUGAAAAGUUUAUAUUAUUAUGUUUAAACUGAAUAAGAACAUUGCUUUGUAGCUUUCUGAGCUAUAGUAGACAACAGUGCCACUCUGUUUUUUAGGGGCCUAAAUGAUUCUUGAUGUGACUUCAAAGAAUCUUUUGUUUCACAUAUAAGUAUAAGUACAAGGCAAUCUGAACAGACAAUCAGAGAGGGAGCAGUUCACAGAAUUCACCCGUGAAUUUUUUUCAGGCACCCUUUCAUUUGUAAAAUACAUUGUAUGUCCUAAAUAUAACUGCCACAACAGGACCAGCCGCAUAGAAGUGCAUUUACAGUUACCUCUCUUUCUGUUUUAUUUUUUGAAUUUCAAACAGGUGAUGAUCCUAACAGGUGAAGGAGGCAAAUUAAAACGUAACAUUCCAUUGGUCAGAGGCCGUGACUUUGAGAUCAUCCCUGAACCUGUAUGGAGAGCACUGCAACAGUGGUAUGGAGGAGGACCUGCUCUACCAAGAACGGUACUAAUUAAUUUAUAACAUUACGGAAAUGGACCUGUUUCCACCGUCUUGCAAAAUUGCGAUGUUUAAUGCUUUCUAUAGACCUUUUCAGCAUUUGGCUUUAGUGAGUGCACAAUGAAAUGAGUUCCAAGGCUUGGGUACCCAUGUUCACAGAAAUGAAUUAAGUUACAGUCUAUUGAAAUAAAAGAUGUCUACUUUGAUUCAUUCUGCUGAAUUCAGUAGACCUGUAAGGUCCCUUUUACAACCGCCUAAAUUCAUGAAUUUAUUAAUGUAUCCCAGGGAGCAAGCGUGGUCUCCUGGCUUACAUUUCGUUAGAAAUUUUGGCAGUUUUGGAGUCUUGAAUAUGGUGGUAAGCCGAUCAUCAAUUAACAUCUAUCACUGAUGGAAUACCUUAAGUGACUCAAUUAUUGUGGAACAAUAAACCUGUUAGUGUACUAUAGUCAAACCUCCACUAGCAGCCACCUCUCCACAGUGGCCACCUCUCUCCAAUGGCCAGUGUUUUUGGCGGACAGUCCAUACUUUGACUCUUGUUUAAACCUCUCUACAACGGCCAUCUCCCUACAACAGCCACUUUCUUCUGUCCCCCAGGUGGCCAUUGUGGAGAGGUUCAACUGUAUUUUAUAUUUAGUUUUAACCUGUGGUUCAUCGCUUUACUUGUUUACCUAAGUUCUCCAUAUUAUUCCUAUUAUUCUGAUUAAUUUUAUGGGUCUGCUUAUAGUCAAAAUCAUUGUUGUGAAGAGAAAAUUAAUAUAGAUUGGUAUUUUCAUUGUUUGUUCCCAGGUGAUCAAUCCUACAAAUGGUGACCCGACACCUGAAUUAGAACUAUAUCCCAUCAGCUUGAGGCUAUUCCGACACUCUCCCCCUCCCACCCGGGGUGGCAUCACGACAUGGACUGGAGUUGGCUUUGGAUUAAGUAGCUUUGGAUUUGGAACCAAUUCUCUAGCCACUCCCCAUGCUCCACCCAAGAGAUAUCUCGCCUAUGUGGCGUCAUUUAGUCGAAUGAACACUAUACAGCAGGUUAGACAAAUGUUUACUGAUGUUAGUUUAUCUGAAGUUAAAUUUUAUUGGUGUGCCGAUCACUGAUCAAAAUCUUUAACCAACGCAAUAAUUUAUCAUGGAAAAUGUUCAGUUGAUCAAUAUGGGAAAAAUAAUUUCUUGUUGGGAAAUAAAUGUAUUAUUAACCUUUUAACAUAUGAAAAUCUCGUAAUAAAAGAAGAAAGAGAAUUCUAUAACCUGAAAGCACAGAAAAAAUUCUGAGCUCUUAACCUCCAGGACCCAGUUGUUCUAAAGGUGGAUAAUGCCAUCCACUGGAUAAGUAUCUACCCAGUGGAUAGUGCGAUUGGUUUCCCUAAUACUUAUUCACUGGAUUUAGUGAUUUAAAUGUAAUUUAAUUGAGUUAACCACCACAAGCUUAGCGGUCAAAGCGGUCCACAAGCUUAGCGGUCAAAGCGGUCCACAAGCUUAGCGGCCAAGAGGGUCCACAAGCUUAGCAGGUAUCCAGCGGUCAAUCCCAUAAGUGCAGGCUAACAUGGUAUGUGGUAGCUUUGUACACUGCUAGGAUCUGGGAGUUCUUCAUUGAGCAUUUGUGCAGUGGUCUGUGGAGUGGUUCAUUAUUUUAGCGUCUCCCCCCUCCCAUCCCUUAUAUUUCUUCCCUCCACUGUUUCAUCAGUAUCAUGGGUGCCUGGAAUGGGCGGUUAUGGCUGGGUUGCAGGGAUUUGCCAGCCAUGGGGGCAGUAUUCUGUCUAGGGGCUGGCUGGCCACAGUGGUAGCCCCUGGGUAUCCCAGGCACUCACCUCCCACUUAAGCGAGGCAACUGAUCAAUCAGGGGUUAGGGCCAUCCAAUGUUUGAACAACCGGGGCCAGGUGAUUGGUACAAAUUUAGUCCAAUUAAGUCUAACAGUUACUACAUUUAAAUAUUUGCAGAACAGACGAUAGUUAUUUAUGUUCUUUGCCCUUUGAAUUGCAGUAAUAGAGCAACUCACAGGAAUUAUUUAUCGUAUAGAACAGUUUCGUCUAGUACUACCAGCUAAACAUUCUGUUGCUGAGUAAAAAUCACUAGAUCUAUGUUAGUUUGUUCAUGCUUUUAUUGGCUUUGUUCUAGGUGUAUGACUAUCUUUGUGCACGCCUUAGAAUUCGAAAUGAAGAUAUGCGUCUUUGGAGUAUGGAAGAUGAGGUAUGCAUGCUAUGAUUUUUUGCCCUCUUCAUCUUAAAGUGGGAAAAAAGUGGAGGUAAACAACUCUCUCUAACCCCAUAGACAUGAAAAGUUGGGCUCUUAACAUAAGGUGACUUUAGAGCACUAACUACUCCACCUAUGUUACACCAAAACUUGUAUUAAGUCGGCCCACACAGGACUCUAUACUGUUCACUUCGUGGAGGUUUUUUUCAAGUAGAGGUUUGUGGUAUGGAAUAAUGCAAAAAGAAACCUUUCUAUCUCAUUGACGCUCCUGUCCGCUUAAUUCAGGGUGUCCACUUACUAUGAGGUCAGCUAACACAAGAUUCACUGUAAUACUUGUACUUGUGUACUUCAAUUCAAGGUUUUAACUGUUCAUGUUGCUGGCAGGAGAAUGAUAAUGAUUAUAAUGACUCAUCAUUACUUACUAGUAGUAUUUAAACAAUAUUGAACCGUACAUUGUUUUUAUUAACAGACUAAAUUAAGAUUAUUAGAGGAAGACGGUUCUUCUUUAGAAAAGAUGGAAAUCAAGGACAACCAUCCCGUACUGAUUGAAGGUUCGUUACAAAAAUGGUUGUGAAAAAUGUUGCUUAGUUGGUAUAUGUUAUAUUCAAAGAAUAAUUUUAGUGUGAGUCUCUCUAAUUGAACUAUGUAAUGUAAAUAUGUCUUUCCCCCUCAACCUCCAUUAGUUCCUGGGCUAUUUGUGAGUGGGAAAAUUAUGUAAUAAUUUAUAGUUGCAUUUCAAAAAAAAAGUAGCUGUUAAAUGUAUACAUAAAAGCUCUACAAGAAACCAAUGGCCUAACCAUGUACUUAAUACCUUGUCUAGAUUUGAUUAACCCUUGUAAAAAGGCCAUGGUAACAAAAGGCUCUUGAUCCUGCAUUGUUAUUAACACUGCUGUUAAAGCAAAUGUUUUUGCCAUUAAUACAAUUGUUGUAUUAUUAAUGUUAAUGUAUCUUUGAUGCUACAAUUUUUGACUGUUUUUUUUGCUCCGUGCAGUUCGCAACAGGGACAUGAGUUGGCCAGAAGAGAUGUCCUCCUUGGCAAAUAAUAGAAGUCUAAGAGAAAAGCUUAAUCUAGGUAGAGGCAAACAACCUAUGGGUUAAUAUAUGACUGUGUAAUAUUUAUGUGUAUUAUCAUCUAAAUUAGGGACAAUAAGACAGUGACCCCAGGAAAAAGUUUGCUUAAAAAGUUAAUGUGCAUUCUUUCAAUCUUCAUAAUGAUUAUUCCAUCUCACCUUCUUUGUCAAAUGUAGGCGAAGUUCCCUGGAGUUGAAUUCCUAACAACCAUAUCCAAGUUCAGAAAGAGAAAUACAAUUUUGUCAGGCAUGCACAUCCUCCGUAAAGCAUGGAAAUAGACAUUUUCAUGUCAUAGUCCAGUGAUGGCAAAUUAAAUGUGUCAGGGUUAUUGUUUUGCAUAUUAAUCGUAUUGCUUUUUUGAUGUACUCAUUGCCGUCGCCAUUGCGUGUCAAGUAUGAUCCUAGUAUAUGGCCUUGCCCUCCAUGAGUUCUCCAUAGUUCAAGUGGAUAGAGCGCCCGCCCAGUGUUUGGAAGAUCAUAGGUUCGAAUCCUGUCGGGGACGCAGAUGUUUUCUUUGUCCCACGCUCUUGACGUGCUGAUUAUUUCGUUUUCACAUUUGUUUCACUGAGCUUAAAAUUUAACAUCUUUCAUUUCUUUCAAGAGAAGAAUAUUAACAAGAAUAGUCCCCAUUUUAACGCUUGUGACAACUUAUAAGAAAAAAUGUAAAUUCUAGGUGGUGAACUCCAUGGGCAGGUUACACACAAAUUCAAUGCCGAGUGCUGUUUCUCAUUGUAGAACCUACAGAAAAAGGAGCAACUGGCCUCAGCAACUUGGGUAACACAUGCUUCAUGAACUCAGCACUACAGUGUCUCAGCAAUACCCAGCCUCUCACCCUGUACUUUACUGCCAAAUGCCAUUUAUAUGAACUUAAUAGGUGAGUAAGCAGGAAUAUAAACUGACAUGCUUGGAUUUAUUUUUAUUAUUAGUUUUUUAAUUUCCUUGUCAAAACGCAUAAAUUUUUUAGUGAACUGUAGGGUCAUGUGGAAUGCAAAGUUUUUGCCAGAAGGGUGUCCAGCCAUCCAAUGGAUGCCCAUUUUUUGAAGAAAUACAAGGAAAAUUCACUUAAUCUCUUAUAAUUUUAUGGGAAAACAUACCUUCUGAACGGCCACUUUUCAAUGCCUGGCUAAAAGCCUGGUGGGACGUAUGUCCUGUAGUCUGCUACAGUAUUGUCAGUUCUGAAGAUCGUGGUGAAUUCAUUAUGGUGAAUUCCUGGCUCAUUUGUAGACAUACAUGUCCUGCAAAUUCUGGGGAUCAUCAAUGAUGAUAGCAUUUAUUAUUGUCAAUAACAAAAGUGACAAAGUUUACCCAGUUUACAAGUGCCUUACAUACAUUGUACAUUUACAUAUGUGCAUUUGAUUACGUUCCAAAGUUUUUAGACAAGGAAAAGAGGUGCAUCGUAUAAUUCAGUGUUUCAUUUUUGUAGGACAAAUCCCCUGGGUAUGAAAGGCCACAUAGCACGUCGUUAUGGAGACCUUGCCCAAGACUUGUGGAGUGGCAGUUCUCGCAGCUUAGCACCACUGAAACUUAGGGUGAGUGUCAGUCUUGGAAAAAAAAUCUUAUAUUAAUUUUGUAAUCUGUUGUGGGCCUAAGAAUGGUAAUAAAAGCAAAUUUGACUUUUUUUCUUGUAGUGGACAAUAGGAAGAUAUGCACCAAGAUUUAAUGGAUUUCAACAACAUGACUCACAGGUUGGUAAUCAAGCAACAAUUCGCCUUCUGUUUCUGCAGGGUUGUCAGAAAGUUUUGAAGUAGACGGCUGAGUUGUCAAAGUAAGAGGCCAGUCCAGGGAUAUUUUACUUAAAAAACGCUAUCCGUAAAGAAAUGCUGAGCAGAGUAGCCAGCCGAUACUAACCAAGUAGGUGGCGACUUUCGCUGGCAGCCGGCUACUUUUGACAACCCUGUUCUUCCUUGUUCAUUCCAAUUCUGUAGCUCAAAAGGUGUCAAAUUAGCCUGAGGAAAGAGCCAACAUUUUGUGACUCCACGAUUUGUUUCAUAGCAAAAUGACAUCUGAGGAACAGCAGGGUUCACACAGUCUUGAAAAGUCCUUGGAUUCCAUUUUUUCCUUGAAAAGUCCUUGGAUUCCAUUUUUUCCUUGAAAAGUCCUUGAGUUUUCUUCAACUUUAAAUGGAGUGGCCUGGAAAGUAUUUUUUGAUGCUUUUUGGUUGUCAAAGACAGAAUUUAAAUCGUAGCUCAGAGAAACUGAAUGUUGUUAAUUUCCACUUCUUCUUCGUGUACAGUCCACUCCCAAUAACUCGAACCUUCAAGGGAAAUCGAAAAAAAGUUAUCGGGAGGUCGAAGCAAAUUGCCUGAAGUAAGGGAAAAACUAGUUUUUACUGUACAAUGAACAUUUUAAUCACAUUUAGCUGUAGAAAUCCAGGGGAAAUCAAUUUUGGUUCAAGUUAGCACGAGGUUCGAGUUAGCAUUGGUUCCAGUUAUCGGGAGUCGACUGCAGUUAAUAUACGUAUCAGUUUUGUAGCUGUAACUUUUGUUCUAAAUUAUGAAAUUUAUCUGGUGCUUUUGUUUGGAAGGAAUUUCUUUCAUUUCUUUUGGAUGGUUUACAUGAGGACUUAAACAGGUGAGGUUGCUUUGCUGCUUCCUUUCCGCAUAAUGCAAGGAAGUAAAAUUAUCCAUUUUUCAUUUAAGGAUAGCAACAUAACUGAUGUUCAUACCACUGGAUAUCCAUUUAGGUCUUACACAGCACUUUGUAAAGUUUGGUUUUAGAAACUCCUUCCCUAAAUGUCUUAGAAGUUUGUGAAAGCUUGCAUUAGAGGAGAAUAAGUUUACUGUAGGUGUAUUGUAGGGUUACAGUAUGUGACUCUCAAAAUGGGUGUUUACAAGAAAGCGUCAAGAGAUGAUGAAUAUACAGAAAUCAGUGUGGAAACUUUUGUGCACUAUUCUUGGUACUGUAAGUGAUUUUUGCUGUGUCAUGUGAUUGCAGAGUACAUCUCAAGCCUUACGUUGAACUAAAAGAUAGUGAUGGAAGACCAGAUGAAGAAGUAGCACAUGAGGUAUGACAAGCUUUGCUAUUGAAAUAAAAUGUUUAUAUAUUGCUCUUAUAAACAUUGUCAAAACUAAUGUCAAUUACCAUGUACAGUAUUUUCUUUUUUUUGAAAAUUUCCGUCAUAAUUUCCGCGGGCAUAAAUUUUGCUAACCAGAUUAUAAAGUUUAUUAUCCAAGAAUCUGUUCUUGAACUUACAAUAUAUUAACUAUUGAAAUAAGUGCUAGUAAAUGGGGCAAACGUAUUGAUGGAUUGGUUCAAAACAUUGUUUGGUUAGACUCAUCAAAAUGCAAUAAGGUGAAUUCAUUUUUCAAUUCUUUGUGGAGAGUUCCUCCUUCUUGUUUUAACUUUUCUUUGUAUUGCUGUAGGAAGCCUUCCAUAGUGUUUGAAACUGCUGGCACUUGUUCUUUGUUGGUUUCCUCGAUCUUCCAUUUCCUCUCCACAAAUUUUGGGCGGCGACCAUUAAUUUUCUGAAAAAGUAUCAAAGGGUCUUUGCAUCUGAUCUGUGUAAUAAACAGAUUGCACAAACAAGCCACUUCCAAACAAUGCAAAAAACAAGAUGCUGGAGAUAUAUUAAGGUUUUGUCCAGAUCCCCCUAUCCAACAAAAGUCUGGUUACCUCGGGUCGCCUUGAGUUCUGUGAAAUGCGCUUUUUUCAUGUUGUUUCACUAUGCUGUAAGCAUAUCUUGUAAAACAACAUAUAUUUCGAGAUGGAAAACAAUCUUAUAUAAAAAAGAAAUGCAUCAGCCUUUUCUGAAAAUUAAUAUUCAUUAUUUACAAGGAGAAUUUCUAUGAAUGAAACUACUUAUUGUACUAACCAUGUCAAGUUACUUCGGCAAGUUUUAAGUAACCAAACGUUUGAAACUUACUAACUUGUUUUCUGGGGUCAGUGAGUGUUAUUAACUCAGCCAUUUGUGAUUGACUUUAGGCUUGGGAUAACCAUCUCAAAAGAAAUCAGUCUGUCAUUGUGGACCUGUUUCAAGGGCAGGUAAUGUUUAAUCCUUCCGUGAGGGUGGAUAUAAAAUCAAGAAUAAUGCAAAUGUUCAGUUUUGGAAUUCAGCUGAGAGUUAACUUCAUUUGCGUUUAUCCUAUUGUUUAUUACAGCUCAAGUCUCAAGUCAGAUGCUUAGAGUGUGGUUAUGUCAGUGUGAGGUUUGAUCCAUUCACAUUCCUCUCCUUACCCCUUCCUAUGGACAAUUCAAUUUAUGUGGAAGUUAUUGGUGAGUUUAUUUUGUACAUACAGUGGAACCCCGCCUUAAGUCCACCUUGUUAGUAUGGCCAAAUUUUUUGGCCCAUUGGUGACUGUAUUAAUGGGGUUCCACUUUACUUACCCGUUCCUGGGCUAAAAAAAACUUGACUUCCAGCUGAGCCUAUUGCACAAGCAGCUGUCCAAUUUCGCCUGCCCCUGGUUACUUUUUCCUUGUCUUAGUUGAUGAUUUUGUUUGAAGAUGACGUGUCUGGACUCUUGACCAUUGUCCCAGACUACCACUAUAGUCAACUCUCUUGCAACAAACCCCUCUAUGUGAUGGGCAGCUCUGUAAAACGGACACCUACAGUUGGUCCCUGCCUUUGUUUACUCCUUCUAGGUUACUCUAUGUGAAACAAACAUCACUAUAUAAGAGGGAUACAUAAAGCAGGUCCCAAAGAUGCCCGUCUUAGAAAAGAGUGGACUGUUCUUCUGUUCAUUUUUAAAUUUCAAAAACCUUCCUGCCGACGUUUGUGAAUAUUGAUUUUUCUUAGGUUGAGGGUAACCUUGUAUCUAUGUGUCCUUAGUGUUUGUAUUUAGCGGCGAUUUUUAAUAUCUGAUUUGAAACCAUUAUGUUGCUUUAGGAGCUGUUUUUAUUGUUUACAUUUGUUUGUUUGUUUGUAUAGUUGUCCAUCUUGAGGGCUCCACUCCCACAAAGUAUGGUUUGCUUCUCAAUAAUGACGACAGAUAUAAAGCCGUCAAGAGAGAAUUGUCAAAGUACUGUGGCCUUGUCUCUUCACAGCUUCUUCUCGUUGAAAUAUUUGGAGCUUCUGUCAGGGUAAAAUACAUAUUGCAUGAUGUAAACAAACACAAAACAGUCAGAACCAAGCUAAUCUGUAGCUCAUGCACACAUUAUAUUAUUGUCACUUUGUUACUGACUGGAAUGGCUGGACCAUGUACUGCUGGUCUUCAUCCAGCAAUGGUGUCAAUUUACUGUGCAGGACUUAAGCAAUAUUAUGGUUGCCUAGGAAAUAUUGUUGGUUGUGUGACUGCAUUGUGGUCAAUAAUUACCAAGGGACUAUUACGAGACACAAUGAGCAAGCCUAAUGUAGACCAUAAUGAAUCAUGAUUGUCUCUUGUUGUAUAAAGUAGUUGGUUUCAACCAAUGAUAUCAUUAUAAUAAUAUUAUAAAUUUCGAUGCUUGACAGAGCUUACCAACUGAUAUGCAGAAGAUCCGCACAGCCUUAGCUGGUGUGCUUUAUGCCUAUGAAAUUCCUCUUCCUGCAAUUUCUUGUGAAGAUGAUUGUAGUGCUUCCACAACUCCAGGUACCGAGGAAGAGAAAGGUUUAUGCACUGAUUGCUCUGCGGAAUCUAACAACCCAUGCUCUGUAAACCAAGGUACAAACUGUCAAACAGCUACUCCUAAUUGCAAUAAUGUAUUGAGUGGUGAAGAAUUAGAAGGAAAAGAGGGAAAAUCCUCUAGAACAAACUCUGAAAACAGCUCUGAAGAAGGCGAAAACCGUUUAAAAGUGCAGGAGGACUGGUUUGCGGAUGGAAAGAAGCACAAAAAGAAAGCCUCUUCAAGUCCGAUCAAAAGACUGAGCCCCAAACUUCGGAAAAGGCUCAGUCCAAAGUUUGGUGGUGGAUUUAACUUUACGUUAAGAAAGUCUUCAUCAUCAAAUUCGUCCAUUGAAAUGACUGAAGGAACUUAUAAUUCAAAUUCUGAUUCUGGGAUCAGUUUAAGUGUGGAGAAUUCUCCUAAUCGCCAAAAACUCUCUGUUGCUGGAAACACGGAUAAUGCUUCCAGGAAUUCAAGUAUUACUUCUACACCUUCAUCUGGACCUUCUCCAUAUUUGGGAUAUUGUUUUAGUGGAUUUGUGGUGGCAAUGCACCGGAAAACGGUGAGUCAUUCUUUUUCAUUCGUGGUUUCCAUGCUCAGGGUCAAUUCAGGGAAAAAUGAUAAUUUUUUGAAGGUCAUGGAAGAGACAGGAAAUUUUGCAGUGGUCAGGCAAAUUUUAAUUCUUGGCAAAAUCAUUAAGUAGGUUAGGAAUCUUUAUUUCUGGUUGCCACAAGGUUUCGUGAGGAUUGUCUAGGUCACUGGUUCACUGACUUUCAGACUGAUACUCUGGAUCAUGUGCAAAAAUCUAAACCCCUCAAUAAAAGUAAAUGUAAGCUUUAGCAGAUGGAAAAUUAAGAUAAAAACAUUCCUGGCCUGCAAAAUAGGCUGAGGAAAACAAGAAAGAAAAUGCAAGGUCCAUUGAGAUUGUGUAGAGGUCAGGGAAUGGGAACAGUUAAUUUUUUUCUCAUUCAUACACCACUUCCACAUUUUCGAUAUGAUAAUGCACCUUAUUUGCGCCUCCCCACCCCCCAAAUUUUGCAUAAGCUUUGUUUUUCAUUUCUCCUGGGUAUUACAGCCAAGAGGAAUUAAAACCAAUGCUUAUGCAAAAUUUUGGGGGGCAAAUAAGGUUCAUCAUUGGAAAUGUGGCAGUGGCGUAUCAAAGUGAGAACACUGGCAUUGGCCAGUUCUUUGGAGAUCACAAAAUUCUAUUGUUUUUAACUCAAAGUCUCAAAUAUCAUAUUGAUGAGCGGUACUAUAUUAUUUGUUCAUAGAACGUAGUGAAUUACAGAAUAGGGGCAGUGGUGGCAAUUAAGUAGGCUUUCUUUAUAGCAACUCUACAUUUUAUAGGAAGUUAUCUCCUGUACAGCAAGUUUAUCUUCCUGUUGGGAAAUUCUCACGCUGUAAAUUACUAUCUCUUUUCCAUGUAUCCAGCAUCGCUUUGAUGCGUAUUUCCUAUCACCACAAAAGAAUCGACCUGGUCUGUUUGGAGUUCCUGUCAUUGUGCCUUGCACAUCUCAAACAAAACAAUGUGAACUGUAUCAAGGAGUCUGGACUCAAGUGGCCAGGCUGCUAAGCCCACCUGCUCCAGGGGAAACAAACUGUAAAGAUGGGUAAGUGAGGAAAGCACUAGUAAGCAGUUAAAGGAUUGACAAUUUAUUUUUCCACAUUGUUUCACUGAGCUUAAAAUUUACCAUCUUUCAUUCAGUCACCUCACAGUACGAAAUUGACAUUGCAGAUCCUUGCAUUAUGCAGGAAGCGUGUCAAAUAUGAACCUAGUAUAUGGCCUCUCUCACCAUGAGUUCUCUGUAUCUCAAGUGGAUAGAGCGCUUGCCCGGUCUUUGGGAGGUCAUAGGUUCAAAUUCUUUGUCCCACGUUCAUGACAUGCUGAUUAAUUCACUUUCAUAUCUUCUUUUUCCUUCACCAAAUCUCCCCUCUACGAUGGCCCAGGAGGGUCACAGUCCAGUAUUGGUUUUUGACAGUCCAGUUAUGAUUUUACACAGUCCAGUUAUGGUUUUACACAGUCCAGUUAUAGUUUUACACAGUCUAGUUUUAGUUUUUACACAGUCCAGUUUUAAUUUUUACACAGUCCAGUUUUAUUUUUUUACACAGUCCAGUUUUAUUUUUACACGGUCCAGUUUUAUUUUUAUUACACAGUCCAGUUUUAUUUUUACAUAGUCCAGUUUUAAUUUUUACACAGUCCAGUUUUAUUUUUUCACACAGUCCAGUUUUAUUUUUACACAGUCCAGUUUUAAUUUUUACACAGUCCAGUUUUAUUUUUUGUGUGGUUACCAGACCUCUCUCGCGCUACUGCAACACUUGUUAUCUAACGGCAGCCAUUUUGUAUUUCCUUGCGACGAUGGAUUCAAUCAUCAGGCAGGCUGUUCGAGAGGAACUGAGACGUUCAAGUUCUAGUCGUCCAGAAACUGCGUCUUCUACUACUCAAGAUGAUCAGGGAAGAAGUGAAAACGAAUCAGGUGCGGCUGGAUCAUCACGAAGUUCGUUUUCAUCACGAACAGUGGGCCGAUGUUUCUAAAACGAAGACCCAAAAACGAAGACCUAAGACCUCCUGGACUAAAACUCUAAACACUUUGGAUGUGUUUACGGUGAUGACGACGUCAGUUUUGUUUAAAUAAAAAUUUCUCACACCAUGUACAUUCGAGAAAAAGCUGAAGUCUUGUGGUAACGUCCACAUCGGAAGUUCUCUCGGGAUCGAAUCUUGCUAAACGGAAGUAUGCUUUUCCUUUCCUUUUUUUUUCUUUCAUUUUUAUAUUGUUAUCAUUAUGACAACUGCUUGAGCCGUAAAAGAUAAGUCAUUUUUUACAAUAGAGGUCAGAAUAAAGUAACAGGAUAUAAAUAUAACCCCGUAUGUAUACGAAUGAACCUUGCUUGCAUGAAACUCGAAAUGUACACCUUUAGUCGAGUGAUGUUCUGGAUCGACAGCUUUUUUUCUAUUGAUGAGGUAAAAAGUAUUAAAAAGAGCGCGAGGUUCCCCUCUCCUUAAAUUCAUCAUUGCUAAAUGUCUCGUUGUUAUUUCCUCCCUACGCCGGUUAUUUUGUUUUGUAAUUGAUCGAUACAAUUGUUCGACAGUUUAGAACGCUAGAGCACGCGGUUAUAUUUUCUUAGCUGUCGAUCGAAGAAAAGGUGGGUGAUAGACUUCAUUAUUACAAUUAAAUAGCGCAGAGGAAAUUCCACAACACUCCUAAAUCGCCUUAAAGUUUUAUUCCACAGGGGUCUUCGUUUUAGUCCAGAGGGUCUUCGUUUUAGUCCACGGGGUCUUAGGUCUUAGCCCGGGGGAGGGGGACUCGAUAUAUCCUUGGGUGUGGAGGUGCGGCCCGGCUCCUUAUACCCUGACCCUGUGUAAGACAAAAAUCGCUGAUUUUCCUACCCUGUUUAAGACAGAAUUCCGAUUUUCAUACCCUGUUUAAGACAUUCGUAGAACGUACGCGCAGGCUGUUUAUCGUCCAAGAAAAGGUACCCUGUUUAAGACAAAUAUUGAUAAAAUCGAUACCCUGUUUGAGACAAAAAUUCCGAAAAACAUACCCUGGCUGGCCGCACGUCCCCAUUAAGCCCUUAUAAGGGAGUACCCCCCUCCCCGGGGUCUUGGGUCUUCGUUUUGGAAACACCCCAAACGGCCCACUGUUCGUGAUGAAAACGAACUUCGUGAUGAUCCAGCCGCACCUGAUUCCUUUUCACUUCUUCCCUGAUCAUCUUGAUUAGUAGAAGACGCAGUUUCUGGACGACUAGAACUUGAACGUCUCAGUUCCUCUCGAACAGCCUGCCUGAUGAUUGAAUCCAUCGUCGCAAGGAAAUACAAAAUGGCUGCCGUUAGAUAACAAGUGUUGCAGUAGCGCGAGAGAGGUCUGGUAACCACACAAAAAAUAAAACUGGACUGUGUAAAACAAAAUAAAACUGGACUGUGUAAAAAUUAAAACUGGACUGUGUAAAAAUAAAACUGGACUGUGUGAAAAAAUAAAACUGGACUGUGUAAAAAUUAAAACUGGACUGUGUAAUAAAAAUAAAACUGGACCGUGUAAAAAUUGAAACUGGACUGUGUAAAAAUAAAUCUGGACUGUGUAAAAAAAUAAAACUGGACUGUGUAAAAAUUAAAACUGGACUGUGUAAAAACUAAAACUAGACUGUGUAAAACCAUAACUGGACUGUGUAAACCAUAACUGGACUGUCAAAAACCAAUACUGGACUGUGACCCUCUUGGGCCAUCGUACCCCUCUGAAUAUAAGCCCCUGUCUUGGAAUUGCCCUCAAAUACAGAAAAAAAAACAGUUCAGUAACACAUAUUUUUUUUAUUUGCUGAAGAACUGUUACCUGUGCCAAAUGAAUGCCGUCAAAAAGUGUCACAGUUUAUGACAGUUUGUGUUGUUCACUCUUCACUCUUCACUCUUGGUUUAGAUUUCUUCGGUCCAUAGACAAAUUACUUGCAAGAAAGGUUUUUUCUGCCACCUUGCACCCUAGUUUUUAAAGUUUGCAUGGCAGAGUUUUAAGGAGAUCUGCAUCCUCAGAGCGAGUUUCAGGAAAAACUUCGUGCAAAAUUACUGACAUAAAUUUCCUUCCAACUAUAAGAUAGCCCAAUCGAUUUUGAGACGCAAAUUUCACUACAAGUAUGAGCCUAGCCAAUUUUAUGGCACAAAUUUCCCUCCAUACAUAACCCCCUGCAAAAAUAAGCCUGUCAAAACGGGCCUUUGAAAAAAUAAUAUAAGCCCCAGCAGUUACUUUUGGAAUUUUAUGGUAGCUUUGAUGCACAACAUAUUUAUGCAUUGUCUCCUUCACAGCCAUUUUUGUCUUGUCACGCAACAAUAAAAUUUUUUCAAGCAUUACCCAAUUGCAGUGAUUUCGAUACACGCAGAGAUAAACAUUAAAAUUUGACUGUCAAAUCAAACAUUCCAACCCCACUUCCCAUUGGUUGGAACUUCUUGAAAAUAAUUUUUCCUUAUUCUGAGUUUUUUUGAAAACUAAAUCCUUGUAUUGCCAGCUAAGGAAGAAAAUUGUAAAGAACGGUUAAAAGAUGGGGGGAAAGCAGCCUUGUUUUUUUUUUUAAAGAGACCAGGAGUAACCUGGUUAUAUUUACCUGCUGCAUGGAUUAUUCGUUAGCUUCCUUUCCUUCUUAUUUCUUUUCAGAGUUAACUGAGCUAAUGCUCUGACAUUUUUUUUCUAGGGAUGCUGGUGAUUUUCCUUUUGAGCUGCGGGCAGUUCAGAAGGAUGGUCUCACGUGUGCUUGGUGCCCUUGGUACAGGUAAUGCAUGCCUCAUAUCCUUCAUUGCUGUGUAGUUUCAUCCAUAUAACUGAAUUUAAUUGUACAGUCGGACACCCACUUAAUAUGGACACCUCUUUAUUAUGGACAGUUUUCUUUGUCCCUGGGGCAAGUCCAUACAUUUUCUCUUAAAUCUAACCCGCUUAAUAUGGACACCCGUUAAUGCAGAAACGGACACUUGUUUCUUGUCCAAUGAACAGAUUCUCGUAGAACGUUAGGAAUCUCACUAAUGAGGACACUUCAUUGUCAACUGUAUGUUGUAACAAACAUUUCCUUUUUGAAGGUAAAAAAUCGUCAGUUGACAGCAUUUGAAUGUUCCCAGCGCUACAGUACACCGGAUACGAUGAUUUUUAGACAUCAAUUUCAGACUAUUUUCGGGCAUCAAAAUAGAGAAUGGUUUUGAUUAAGUUGUACAGUCAACUCCCGUUAUUGCGGACACCCUCGGGUCUGUGGUUUAACGUCUGUAAUAGUGAAAAUCCGUAAUAGUGGGGUGGGAGAAAAACAUUUCUUGAUAUUUAGAGGAGUUGCAUUUAUUUAUAUUGUACAUUGUCGCCAGAACCAAUUGCAGUGCAGUUUUCGCAUAUAAAGAGCGUCAGAACUUUAUUUACAAACAAGGAAAAUCAUAAUAGAACAGAACUUGCAAAUCCCCUUCAUUCACCACAACAGUCACUGAAACAUUUGUAGUACACAAAAACCAUAACCUACGGUACUAGAAAAUCCAGUUUAUGUAUGUUAAGUAUGAUAAGUAUUAGCUGGUGGGCUAAUACAAGCGUUUUGAUUCAGCCUAAGUGCCCUAAGUAACUAACAGAAGUGACCUUAUUUCCUAAUCAGAUUCUGCCACGGAUGUGUUAUAAAAUGCAGUGAACAGGAGUUUGGCUCCAGUAGUUCGUACAUAGCUAUUGAAUGGGACCCUACAACACUACACCUCAGAUACCAGAGCUCACAAGAGAAAGUCUUCACUGAACACGAGAGUGUUGAGAGGAGCAGAAAGAUGCAAACAGAGCCUAUUGACUUGUAUGAAUGUUUUAGAGCAUUUACUAAAGAAGAAGAGCUUGGAGAAGAUGAGUUAUGGUAUGGUUUUAACUCCUUUGUAAACCUUUUCUCUCUUUCUGUAAGACCUAAGCGGUGGCGUGCCUGCAUCAUAUUUCUUGUUCAUCCUUUUUUCUCUGCUGCAUUGGUCUUUUGAAGAACUUGCGGUGCGGUCAAACGUGAUGGGCAAAUGCACCAUUUACAUACAAGUUUAUUGAGGUCUUCGCCAAAUCAAUUAAAAUGAGCAAAUUAUACUAGAGCUCAGCCUUUCAUUCCUUACUUCAAUAUUAUCAUGGGGAUUUGUGAUAUAGUUCUUAAUUGUGAGUCUGUGGAUGAAAUCCUAUGGUGUUACCAUUUAAUUUUAACCUCUUUAACAGUACAUUCACAUGUUACUAUGUACCGUGUAGUUCUAACUUUUGAGUCUGUGGAUGAAAUCCUAUGGUGUUACCAUUCAAAUGAAACCUCUUCAAUAGUACUUUCACAUAGUAUUUGUUUUCAGCAUAAUUAUUAUAAAAUGAAACGUGGGAAAUUAAUCAGAUUUUUAUGUUGGCCUUAUUAGGGCGGAUAAGUUAAAUUUGGCAGGUAAAAUGUAUGUAGGGUGAUAUUUAUUUUACUCAUAUUCUUUUUUCUUAGGUACUGCAACAGAUGCAAGAAGCACAGACUGGCUGUGAAAAAGUUGGACAUAUGGAGUCUACCACCCAUCUUAGUGAGUAACAGUAUUGCUGACAAAGCACACUGUAAAUAUCUCAUAUCUUGCGAAAAAGCAGCUAUCUUGAAAUCAAGACUUGGGGAGGAGUUUAUGCUAUGUGCAAACGGACGCGACAUUGGAGGCCAACAACUCCCAACAUUGUUGGAUGUUACAUCUUGUGCCUCUUUGCACACCCUGUUGCAUGUUUUUGGGAGUUGUUGCGCAAAGUUUGAAACCGGUCAAACUUAAAGCUACCGUAAAAUUCCGAAAAUAAGCCCCGGUGCUUAUCUUUUUGAGGGGCUUAUGUACGGAGGGAAAUUUGCAUUUCAAAAUGAAUGGGCCAGCCUUAUAGUUGGAAGGAAAUUUACGGUUUUUGCUCUGUUUUACUUUGUAAAGUUGAGGGCAAUUUCUUAUAUGUGGAGGGGCGAUUUCACGGAGGGUUUUUUGCGUUACGUGUUUCGGGGGCUUAUAUUUGGCGGGGCUUAUACAUGGAGGGACUUAUUUUCGGAAUUUUAUGGUAUGUGCAAACAGACUUAACAACUGCCAACAAUGUUGGGAUUUGUCGGCCAACAAUGUUGCGUCCGUUUGCACAAGGCUUUACAUUUAACUCCGUUUCUAUUCCACUGGCAGGUUAUUCACUUGAAGCGAUUUCAGUUAGUUAACAACCACUGGGUGAAGUCAAAUAAGAUUGUUCAGUUUCCCAUGGAAGGCUUUGAUCCUUCAGCGUUCCUGGCUAAGCCGUCCAGAAGUGAAACAUCAAGUGCCAUUACGUCAGAUGGCGGAGUCACCACAGUCAAUGUCAAAAGCAGUGAGGAACUGGUGAACGAGGAGGAGACUGAGGAGAGGAAAGAAGCAACCGCACGGCAGGGGAGUGAAGUGAGUACAGACUGUUACGGGUAGUGUUGGGAAUCAGUUUCGUAGUCGAUCAUCUGAAAUAAUCGGAUUAACGUAACCAAUUGAACAUGGAUUAUAAUCAGCGAAAUCGCUUUAUAAGAAUUCCAUUUAUUUUUAUCCUUAUCCUGGCUUAUAAGUGUUGGUACAGCCUAGGGAUGUGCUAUGAAAUUUUUGACCUUCACAAAAACGUGGUUUUUCAGUCCCCAAUCUCCUGCCUUAAUAAAGCUUCCUGAAGUAAUAGACCUUCAUUCGUUCUAUGUGUUAUGCUGAUUACUCAGUGUAGAAGAUCUUGAGAUGUUCUUAGGACAUUUGAUUCCUCGUCUUGUUAACCUGUGCACAGCAGCCCCCCGUCCCUCAAAACAGUUUGAUUUAGCAACAGGACGGGAACGUCAGUUGACAACGGCGCGCGCAAAUCAAACAACUGGCUUGACCAAUGGCAGAGCGGCAAACUGGGCACCGAAAGACGCGUUUGUUCCUUUCCCCGCGCUUUCCCGUCUUCAACUGACGUUCCCGCUCUGUUGCUAAAUCAGCCUAACAAUCAGGGAGAGAAUCCCUCCCAGAUUUUUUAGGGAAGGGCGCGGCUGUACAUUGGCCAUGUCUUGUUGGAAGUAAAGAGUACGUGAUGUGUCCAGUACUCUGAUUCUCCAUUGGGUAUUGUCAUGUGAUCUUCAAAGGAAUAGCCAAACAACAAAGUGAAUACGGUCUAUUUUGAUUGACCCCGUAAAACUCAUUCUCACACAGCUGUGGUUAGUUUUAGAGUCUCACUAAUGUAAAUAUUUGGUUAUUCAGGAGUCAUCGUCCCAAAGUUCAGCUGGAGAACUAAGUUCAAGUCAAGUUGAACUCAACCAAAACAGCAAGCCUCCCUCGCGCCAUUCCUCGUGUUUAAGCCUUAAUUCGGCCAAGGUUCACCCGGAAGUGACGUCAGAGAACUCUGCACCUACCCCUGUAGAAAGACCAAGCACGUCGGACUUCAUUGUGUCAGAUUCUGCAGAAUCGCAGGGUACUCAACGUGAAAAUGUGCGUAAAGUGUUGGCGGCUUCGAGAAGUGAAGGCUCACAAAGUGAGAUACCAACGUACAGGAUAUACGCCAUGUCGGUAUGUCGAAUGAAGCUCAAGUAAACUGUUAGUGAUUCGCAUUGUUCAAAACUCUUUCAGUAUUUCUUACUUACUCUGUUGGGUUUAUUUUAGUGUCACACAGGUGUUCUGGGCGGAGGUCAUUACAUUUCAUAUGCACACAACCCAAACAGCAAAUGGUACUGUUAUAAUGACAGUAGCUGUAAGGUUAGUACUGGAUCAACAUGUUUAAUAUGGCGGUCAUACUGUUUUAAGGGUUUCUAUCAAGUGGUGAACCUUUUUUAAGUGGUCAACUUGCUAUUUCUAGGUUUAUUUUGGUUUGACUGUAAACCAUUUUCACGAUGGUCCUAUUUUACUACAACUAAAGCCUCGUGCAAACGGACGCAACAUUGUUGGCCAACAUUGUUGGGAGUUGUUGUGUCCGGUUGCACGUAGCUAAAAGUUUGACCGGUUUCAAACUUUGCGCAAUAAUUCCCAACAACACUCAACAACAUGCAACAGGGUGUGCAAACGGACGCAACAGGUAACAUCCAUUUGCUCCGGGCUUUACGUGCUGGGAGUUGUUGCGUCCGUUUGCGCGUAGUUUAAGAAGGACGCUUUUAGGACCGACAAUAAGUAUCCGUCUAUGUGUGUCUUAUAGAGAUUGAAAUAAAGGUAGUGAAGAAAGACAGGGACCAACUCUAGGUGUCCGUCUUAUAGAGGUGUCCGUUAAGAAAGAAUUGACUUUAUUACAACGGUUGUCGUGUAUCAUGGAGGUAACUAGAUUGAUAAUGUUUUCGUUUACUUCUCUUGUUUCAGGAAUGUGACAAUACUAAGCUUCAAAAGGAUUCGCCCUACAUGUUAUUCUAUCAACAGGACGAUCUAGAGGAAGGAAUGUUUCUUCCCAACUUCAAUGGUCAAACGCCUGACUCAGCCAGCGAUGACGAAGAAUAUGAGAACGAAGUGCGUAGACUGUGCGUCGUUCAAUGAAGAUCCUUGGAGCCGGGGACUGGGGAAGAAUCUUAUAAUUUAUACACAUUUUUUGUAUUGAAAUCUUCAUUCAAUGAAUACUUACGCGAGCGUAAAUUAUCAGAAAUGUUGUAAAUAUAUCGACACGGAGAAUUUUAUUUUUAAAUGCCUUUAAUGCAGAUGAUAAAAUUAUUGCAACAGUGCGUACAGGGUCGCGCUUCCUGUACAAGUAAAAUUUAGAGUUGAGAGAUGAGAGACUGGCAAACGGGACCAAAAUGCGACUGAGUAGGGAGAGGACGUGUUUGUCGCCUCAGCCUCCCCUCCCUCAUUGUCUUUAGCCCUUUACCUUGGUCUUGCAGGGGGUACCCCAUUUCGUACUCUCUCUGACAAGUAUUUGUGUUCCGUGUGCUUUUUGUCCGUCAUUUUUGUGUAAACAUUUUGUUGUGUAUUGUCUUUAUUCCUCAUACUAUAAAGAAGAUAUGGUCCCUUUAAAGUACUUUAGUAAUUUGUACUGUGAAAGAUGAGGACUUCGCACGCGAAGUUGCUGUACUUAAGAAUAUGCGAAUCAGAAUGGUGUCACGGUAUUCUGUGCGAUCCAGGUACUUCUAUUCUUGUUAUUGUUGCUUCUUUUGAUGUUUUUUCUUUUUGCGCAACAAAACGUUCUCCUAUGAGCUGUCGUUUAAGAAGGUGCCUUUUUUUUUGUCUCGGCAGCUCAUUUGGGGAAAGUUUGCUGCGGGUCCCUCUCCUAACAUUCGUAUUUAAUUAUUCCAUGUUCAUUCCGGCGUGAUAAGCAAUGACAAUCUAUUUCAAUUGAUAAUAAUCGAUAGUAAAGUUUGUAUUGAACUAGGGGCUCUGAAUUAAUUGUUGUCAAUGUUGUUAAAAACAAACAUUGUAAAUUGAGCGCCCUUUAUUCAACAUAAAAAAACUGACAACAAUAUACAAUAUUCCUAAUUCAGCACGAAAGAGUUGGAAAAAUAAUGCGAAAAAUCCAAGUCGUGGAUCGAAAACAGAUUGAAAGAGAGUGUAAAUUUAUGUGGCCCGUGCUAGCCGGGCCGGUAGGAACGCCUGAAGUACUGUGAAAAUUUCCGCGUUAUUUUCAAGUGUACGCCACGCGCAAAUUCUGCAGUUAUUUCAGGCUGAGAUUGUUAAGAUUAUCGAAGUAGUAACCAACGACGUUAUAGUGGAAUUGUUCCCUUCUCUUGUUUCACCACCGUGACAUCAAGUGUCUAACUGCCUUGCAGAAAAAAAAAAUUACAUCUAGUGAAGCCAAUUCUUGAUAACACAUCCAGUCCAUACUUAAAUGGUCUCCUCUUUUGAACCGCGAAGAUUCGUCGCCUACAUACUUACUCUUGACCUUUUUUUGUAUUCUUUGUACUGAUUGAAAGAACUUGUUUUACU